AUGUCCCAGCCACCCUCCCCAACGCUCAACCCCGCUCGAAUGGCCGUCGAUCCGUCGACGACCAAUCCGGCCCCGCCUCCUCAGACUGCCCCUGCGCAGUCGGACCCCUCCGGGUCCACCCAACCUCUCCAAGCCCCCUACGCACCGUAUACGGUGCCCAGCAACCACCUCCUGUGCAACUACCCAGUUGCGGGACCCUCCCACGCGCCAUUACAUCCAGCAGCGCAGGGCGGGUUCCCGCACACGUAUGUCUCCCCGUACGGCGCGCCGAUGCCGUUCGUCGCGCCAGGGCAACCGUCGGUGCCACAAGCCCCUCCGCACCAUGCUGCGCACGCGCCGCCCUUCCUGCCCCCCGGGAUGCCCCCGCUGAUGCCCAUUCCGGGUAUGACGUGGGCGGCAGUGCCCAACCACCACUUGCUGGUGGCGCACACCGCGGGGUGCCCGCACUGCACGGAGUUCGUGCGCCAUUAUCAGGCGGCAAUGGGGGACUCGACUUUCCGGGACGCGUUGACGUCCGUACAGACUCAGCUGCAGACGCAGUUCUGGGCGUACUUUGAGGAGCAUGCGCGCUCCAGGGAGGGAGAAGGCCGCGCUGAGCACGCGCGACGGAUAGAAGAAUUGGAGCGGCAGCUCCAGGCCGCGUUGGCAGAGGCCAAUUCGCUUCGCGAACGCGCCAGGUUUGCCGAUGAGUUGGAGCAACAGCUCCGGGCAGCACGAGAGGAGGCGACGACGCUCCGGCGCGACCGCGACAGGUAUCGGUCGGAACGCGACCAGGCUCGAGAACAGAUGCGCGAGGACAGCUGA